AAAAGGGGGCUAGUGUGUUACUCGAGCCUGGAGGAAAGCCGUAGCAUUCUCCAAUCACAGCCUUUUCUUCUCUCCCUCAGCCCCGCCCUCUCUCUCCCUUGCUCUUUCUCUGCUGCUCCUCGCUCUGUCAUGUUCACAGCAGGCUUGCCAUCGCACUACAAUGACUGCUGUGGCUGUAGGCUCCCUGCAGUAAUACUCUAAAGGUUAUGCUGCCCGAAAGCUCCCGGCUGAGUCUGAGCGAAAAAGAAAAAGGCUAACACACAAACGCCCAUCUACUCACACAUCCCACACUGAACCAUGAGUGACUCUCAGGACUCCAGAGAUGCCACUGCCACUACAGUGCCGGCCGGACACUUGCCAGCUGCAGUGCUCCUUCCCCCUCGACGGCGUGAAGAUGGCGAUGAUGACGACGAUGAUCAGGACCUGAAUAGGACUCUAGGAGUUCAGCGCUUCCAGCAGAUCCUCUCUCCAGCGCCACGUGUUCCAGCCGAGCAGCACCGCACCUUCAACGAGGAGGACUUUGAGUACCACCGCCACUCCUCCCUGCAUACCCACCACCCCCUUUCUAAGCACCUGCCCUCCGAGGGCCGGAGGAAGAAGAAUGGGCGUAAGAGGAAAUCCUCGGGCCAUCGGAGGGGCUCGGCCAGCAGCGGCGGUGGCACCGCUCCCACUAUAGAAGAGGAUGAGGAGGAGGAUGAAGGAGAGGAGGAAUCCUUUAGCCAGCAGGAUGGAGAUGGCAACACUACCACCCCUACACCUGACACAGAUACAGAUGUGCACACCGAUUCAGUGCAGUUCUUCGUGUGUGAUGAAGACUCCAGCAGUUCCACCGUGGUUCGGAGUGACCUGGGCUCUCCAUCGCGACAGCUCUCUAUUGUCCCCGAGUCGGCUGUACACACCAGCAGCAACACUCCAGAGGAUGCCACCACAACGGACGAUGGGGACUCGGUGGUUGUGCGGGCCAAUGGCAGAAGAUCAUCUGUACCGUCUGUGUUUCCACUGGGCUCUCCUGAGGGCAGCUUCAAGCCGGGCCGCAGCUACGACCUGCAGGAGCGCCGCCGCACCGGAGACCUGACGGCGACUGAGCUCUCACGCUACCAGCACAUGCCCACCGACGAGAGUGAGGCACAGAUGCUGGCCACAGUCGACCUGGAUGGCAUUAAAAGUCACCGGUUUGAAGAUGUCCCUGGUGUGCGGCGCCACUUGGUCAGGAAGAGCAGUAAAGGCCAGGUCGUUCACAUCAGCAAGGACCACAAAGAGCCCAGUGGCCGCAGCCGCAAACUGGACAGGACUCCUCAUGAGCAUAGGAAAUGGUGGCAUCGUGCUGCGGGAUACAGCAAGGUCCGAAAGGUCCGGCAGCUAAAGGUGUUUGUGGAGCUGAACGAGCUGGUGAUGGAUAAGAAUCAGGAGAUGCAGUGGAGAGAGACUGCUCGCUGGAUCAAGUUUGAAGAGGAUGUGGAGGAGGAGACUGAUCGCUGGGGUAAACCUCAUGUAGCCUCGCUGUCCUUCCGCAGCCUGCUGGAGCUCCGCAGGACCAUCUCACACGGUGCUGUUCUGCUGGACCUGGACCAGAGGACCCUGCCGGGCAUUGCUCACCAAGUGGUGGAACAGAUGAUCAUCUCUGACCAGAUCCGAGCUGAAGACCGAUCGAAUGUGCUGCGAGCUCUGCUGCUCAAACACAGUCACCCGAGUGACGGGAAGGAGCACACCUCCUUCCACAGGAACAUCUCUGCAGGCAGUCUGGCCUCUCUGAUGACCCAUCACCACAGCAACAACCACAUCGCCCCUCCAGAACCUUCCGCCACAGACCCUCUCAUAGCAGGAUCCGGCGACUCAGAGUCUCACACUCGCGUCGAUAUUGAGAAGAAUGAGAAAGACAUUCCUCCAGCUUUGGGAAUGCACCGGUCCAAAUCCAAGCAUGAGCUCAAGCUUCUGGAAAAGAUUCCAGAAAAUGCAGAGGCUACAGUUGUGCUUGUGGGCAGUGUGGACUUUCUGGACCAGCCGUCCAUGGCUUUUGUGCGUCUGCAGGAGGCAGUUUUGUUGGAGUCGGUUCUGGAGGUGCCUAUACCAGUGCGGUUCCUCUUCGUCCUCUUGGGCCCGCCCAUCGCCAACAUGGAUUAUCACCAGAUUGGUCGCUCCAUAUCCACCCUUAUGUCUGAUAAGCACUUUCACGAGGCGGCAUAUCUGGCAGAUGAGCGGCAGGACCUGCUGACUGCCAUUAACAGCUUCUUGGACUGCAGUAUCGUGCUUCCUCCGUCUGAAGUGGGUGGAGAUGAGCUUCUGCACUCUGUGGCUCGCUUCCAGAGAGAGAUGCUUCGCAAGAGACAUGAGCAAGAGGUUAAACUACAGGCCAAGGAGCCCAAGAGCCCUGAGGAUGAAGCUCUUUUGCCUCCAUUUAAACCUCGAGCCGAUCCUCUCCAGAGGACAGGACGCUUGUUUGGUGGGGCCAUCAGGGACGCAAGGAACCGCUACCCCAAAUACCUCAGUGACUUUAAGGAUGCACUCAACCCUCAGUGCAUGGCUGCCAUCAUAUUCAUUUACUUUGCUGCCCUUUCUCCUGCUAUCACAUUUGGAGGACUUUUGGGUGAAAAGACUGGAGGGUUGAUUGGUGUCUCAGAGCUCAUCAUCGCCACUUCAAUGCAGGGGCUAGUGUUCUGUGUGCUGGGGGCUCAGCCACUCCUUGUGGUUGGCUUUUCUGGGCCGCUGCUGGUGUUUGAAGAAGCAUUCUUUUCUUUCUGCACAGCCUAUGGACUGGAGUACCUCACGGGCCGUGUGUGGAUCGGGUUUUGGCUGAUCAUCAUUGUGGUGCUGAUGGUGGCUUUUGAGGGAAGUUUCCUGGUACGCUUUGUCUCCCGCUUCACCCAGGAGAUCUUCUCUUUCCUCAUCUCCCUCAUCUUCAUCUACGAGACCUUUUCAAAGCUUGGCAAGAUCUUCAAGGACCACCCUCUAACACCCUGCAACAGCACGUCCGAAAAUGACACUACGUCAUUGUUACUUAGCAACAGCAGCAGAUCUGCAGACACGCCUGUCAAAGUCCUGAACCAGCCCAACACCGCCCUGCUGUCCCUGGUGCUCAUGUCCGGAACCUUCUUUAUUGCCUUUUAUCUGCGCAAAUUCAAGAACAGUGCCUUCUUUCCUGGCAAUCUUCGCAGGGUGAUAGGAGAUUUUGGAGUUCCCAUUGCAAUCUUCAUAAUGGUUCUGGUGGACAACAGCAUAAAAGACACCUACACACAGAAACUGAGUGUGCCGGAUGGCUUUAGCGUGACCAGCCCAGAUAAACGUGGCUGGGUGAUCCACCCGCUGGGAUCCGACGGCAAUUUCCCCAUCUGGAUGAUGGCUGCUAGUUUCCUGCCUGCCCUGCUCGUCUUCAUCCUCAUCUUCAUGGAGACGCAGAUCACCACUCUUAUUGUGAGUAAGAAAGAGAGGAUGCUGGUGAAGGGUUCUGGUUUUCACUUGGACCUGCUGAUCAUCGUGGCUGUGGGGGGGAUGUCGGCGCUGUUUGGGCUGCCAUGGUUGGCUGCUGCCACAGUGCGCUCUGUGACGCACACCAAUGCCCUUACAGUCAUGAGCAAGGCUGUCGCCCCUGGAGAUAAACCACGCAUUCAGGAAGUAAAGGAGCAGAGAGUGACUGGAUUUCUGGUAGCACUUCUUGUUGGUCUCUCCAUCGUGAUUGGAGAUGUUUUGAGACAGAUCCCUAUUGCUGUGCUUUUUGGCAUUUUCCUCUAUAUGGGAGUGAUGUCGCUCAACGGCAUCCAGCUGACUGAGCGCAUGAUGCUGCUGCUAAUGCCUCCAAAAUACCACCCAGACCACACCUACGUUCGCAAGGUGCGCACUCUACGGAUGCACCUUUUCACAGUGUUCCAGAUAGUGUGUUUGGCUGUUCUCUGGGCUGUCAUGACCACUGUGGCCUCGUUAGCUUUUCCCUUCUUGCUCAUCCUCACUGUUCCCCUCCGGAUGUUCCUGCUGCCACGGAUCUUCAGCCAGCGUGAGAUGCAGUGUCUUGACGCGGAGGAUGCAGAGCCCAAGUUCGACACCAGGGAGGGACAAGACGAAUACACAGAGAUGCACAUGCCAGUUUAACCCUGUCCGGCUUUUUUUUUCUGUUGUUUUGUUUGCUGGUCAGGCCAAACUGACUGACUCCACACCCUUCUUUGUCUGAAAGGCCCAAAGAUAGAUAAUUGCUCAUCCUCACUAAUCUGAUAGAAUCACAGACAUGGUCUUGGCUGUGGAACACAGUCCCACAUCACACACAUCUACACUCUACACUCAACAAGUCAUCUCACUAAAGGCUGUGCCAAAUCGGUCCCUGCAGUCCUGCUCUUAGAAGAACACGAGGUUCCUGCCUAAGAGUAUUUUUAUAAGCUUUGUCUUUGUCUCCAAAUACGGUUGUUUUUAUUAUUGAUUGAAGAACUAUAUUUAUAUAUCUAUAUAUUAUGUGUGUAUUUAACAGUUCCCUGGAUGUCUGUUGCAAAUGGGUCUUAUGCAUAUUUCUUCUAAUAUGUUUUUUUUUUUAUUAUUAUUAUUAUUAUUCAAGAUGUUUAGUGUCCCUGUGCAGUGUGAGCUUUGUCUGUUUGUGUUGUAAGUGGAACGCGAGACCCAAUUUCCCCAAGGUAGCUCAUAAUGUCACACGAAGCACUUUAUGACGUAUGCAGUCGUAUGCUUUUGCUACUAUGCCGUUUUUUCCAUCUCACAUAAAUCAAGAUGAAAUGAUGUAGACUGAGCAACUACAUAAUAUCUAAAAAAAAAAACUAAACAAAAGCGUAAAAGUAGCAGAUCUUAUUUUGUACAGGAGUGAUCCUGUUUUUUUUUUAUUUCAUCUUUUUUGACUGUGUGUAUGAGACAUCCGUUGUGGAAAAAAUAAAAAAUAAUAUGCAAAGCUUUGGACUGCACCAUGCAGUCAUCGAUAUAUAUAAUUAAAACCAAAUGUAUUAAAAUACCAGCGUGUUACGAAGCUGUGGUAGUGCUGCUAUACAGCAACUAGAUCAGCCAAUCACUAAAUAGGAAAAAGUCCAAAUAUUGGCUUUUGCGAGUGUAAGUUUCUGUGUUCUGUUUGUGACCGCUGCAGCGUUUGUUGUAUAUCGACGCCACACAGCUUUGCUGAAAUGAACAAUUAAGAGAUUCACAGCAAAGCAGCAGAGGCAUAUCUGCUGAAUCAAUCAGCUGAAUGCUCAAGACUGAAACAAGUUGCUGUAAAACUAUAAGAGUAUAUUUAAAUAGUGUUUUAAUGGUUUGUAGGUGUAGAACUGACAAAGAUAAGGGAACUGCCAAGUAGUCCAGAUGAUUAAACUGUAUUUUAAACAAGGACUAUGGCGUACACCAUUCCGAUUACUGCUCUCUUUCUUUUAAUUAUUAGAUUACGUUUUUUUAGUCGUCAUUAAUUUUGUAACAUGUGCGCUUUAGAAACAACAAUGAAAGGCCUCCAAAUCAGCUAAGCUAGUAGCCUCGCACAGCUGUAAUGAUCUGAUUCUUUUAUUUAACAUGCUGAUAUCUGAAUUUUACUCUGUUAUUUGCGUAACAGGUUGAAGUAGAGAACAUCUAUGCAUUUUAAACCUUUUAAUUUUGUCUCAUCUCUUGUAAUUUAUCUUCUUGUGUUUCUGAUUUCGUAUUUUGCAAAACUUUGGCUGGGCAGAAGUGAGAAGUGAAGUCAAGGUGCUGUGCAAACUUCAGAGAGGGACUUUUAUUUUAUUUAAUUUCCAGUCAAAAUAUUUAGUAUCAAACUGAUAUACUGACAUGCCAAAAGUAUUGUCACGUGCCGUGGACUAGUAUUGCUGUAUAAUAUAGAAGCUAAAAAGUAUGAUGCAAAAUGCCUUUAGGGCCUCCUGCAUUGAAUGUGGGUGGGAUUUCUGCAAGAAUUGCUUGUCGGUUGGCAUGGACGUUUCUAGCCGGACACCACCAGUCACAAUCAUUACCACCCAGUGCACUGCUGGUAUCCAUUAUCAGGCCUUUCUUAGAGGCAGAAAAUCCAUGUUGCUUUAGCCAGUGUUCCGCCUCACACAUACCCACACAAGAUAACAUCUCAUAGCUUAUACAGGUGUGGGCUUUCCCAAGCCGUCCUCUGAGGUCCCAUGACUUUUGACAUGUCCGUGUAUUUACCAGUAAGCAUCAGAAACUGAAUACAGAGAGAUUUUUCAGUGUUCAGUGUUUCAGAGUUCACAUUUCAUUUUCACACAUCUGUCUGUUUUUCUAGAUCACUAAAAGUUCAUUCCUAGAAGUUGAAGUUCUUUCUGCUUCUCAUCAUCCACAUAACACUAUAGAUUUUUAUCACUUUUAAUGACGUUUCAUGAAGGUUAACGUUAAACAUUGGUGAACAUCACCAGCAGUUUGUAAAGUUUAAAUUCUGUUUGUCUGGCACUUUUUGUGGUGUACUAGUUCUUGCACGGCUGUUAGGAGUCCCAUGUUUUGUAGAACUGUUCAUCAAACACUGUUUUCAUUUUCACUUUUUUUUUGUAUGCACGUGGAUCAUCAGCUUGUAUCAAUUCUCCUGUUCAGAAGUAUUUCCUGAAACAUUAAGCACUUAACGGUUGUUUGACUGGAAAUGAAAUGAACUAAUAUGAGUGGUGGUCUGAACGGAUGUUUGCGCUGUACUGUAAUGUAAUGUAAUUAAUGAUUACAGUGCAGACUGGUGUUCCUUUGUAAAUGGAAGAAUGAUUCACUGACAUUCCAGCUGAAAUAAUCCAAAUAUUUGUUUUCUAAAUCUAGGAAAAGAAAGGUGUGAUUAUUGGUAAAUUGUGUAACUGUUACUGCCUGAAGCGUUUGUGUUACAGCCACCUGAGCUCACGUUUGUAGUGCCUUCGAUAUAUCACUCUGAGACUUGCCGGAAGAAACUGUGUGUAGUUGCUUUUGCUUGACGCCAAAUGAAAGAAGUGAUCGCACAAAUGUGAAGCAAAAGUGACCUUGUGUGUUUCUGUAUGAGUUAUGCUAAAGAGAAAGAAUGAGAGAGAGGGAGGUGAGCUGAGAGACUGCUGAGGUCUGUCAGUAUCACUACCACUAUGUUUCUGUAUGUGUGUGUCGACAGUGCAGAAUCAAUAAAGAGAUUCAACAUUCA